AUGGCGCGACCGGCCAACGGGAGGCUGCAAGGCCUAGUCACGGUCUCGGGAAUGGUAGCGUUCAUUGGAGCAUUGGCCGUUGCUCCCCGUAUCUCCAUCACCAAAACCGACGACUCAACAAUUAUCAAAUACGACCACCUCAAACCGAAACACGACACACCCGCGCCAGCCGAUCCAGGCCUGAUCAUCGCCCCGUCUCCCCAGCCCCAGCCUUCUCGAAGCACAGCGAAGCAACCCACCAGCGGCGGACGCAAACCAUUCAGCCAGACCGACUGGAUCUUCGACACCGGCGCCACGACACACGUCUGCACCAACCGCGCCCUGCUGCACAGCUACGACACGCUCAAUCCGUACAGCCACCGCGUGAAUCCCCGAGCGGUGGGCUAUUUCGGCCCGAACCCAAUCCCGAUCGUCGGGGCGGGCGAUUGUACGUUGCUUCUACCUCUGGGACCUGGAGAUGCUGCUGCCGUUACCAACAAGCCGCGCUUGACUCCGUCUUCGACGAUGUGGAGUAUGCUUGGUGCGGGUGCGGGUGGCACGAGUAGAAGCACAACCACAGCCACACCAGCGGGAAACUAUACUGUUGGGAACAAUGGUCAUACCGCCAGUUUGACUCCAGAAGACCACGACGGCUUUGACUCGUUGGGACAACAACAAGACAAACAUCCACCACCAGGACAUUACCGAGCCGUGACGCGUCUCACCAUCAAGAAUGUCAUGCAUAUCCCCGAAGCGGGCGUCAAUCUAAUCAGCUGGUCGCAGCUCAAACGGGCCAAAGGCCUCGAUUUGAGGCUGGUCGAAGAGACCGACGGUAGCUUGACGGUGCGGGAGCACGGGAGGGCGCUGAUGCGCUUCGAGCCGCGGGACGGGCUGUUUUUUCUGGUGCAGGCUGACUUGUCGCCUAGUGCGCGGCAGGAGAUCUUUAAUAAUGGACAUUAA